UUUGUCCUGAAAAUAUAAAUCAUUGUUCGCAAAACACUUAUUUUGUCUGUCCAUUUUAUAAGACAUGAUGGAGGAGAUAAAGUAGAAAAAAAUCCUUGCAAAGAAGAUAUAUGAAUUGAAUUUUGAAUUCAUAUAGAUUGGAGAUAUUUGGCGGAAGUCGUUGUCCGGGAGGUAGUGCUUGCAGUGGAGUAGGCAAUGGUGUAAGUGGUGGUACUAACAACAUGAACUUUACUUGGUUUCGGUUUCCAAGGCUCUAUAAGUUAUUGGUGCCUAUACUACUGAUUCUAGUGUUAUGGCCACUUUUUGCACAUCGCAGUUUGCUAAAUUCUAAUAACGAUGUAGCAUUUACUGAUGUCCAUCGGAGUCGACCUCUGCUAGAUGCUUAUGAAGACUUUAGUUCGAUGCGUGCUAGUGACUUAAAAAUGCGUAUUGAGGAAAUGCUGCGCAUAAAGAGUACCGUGUCCAUAGAAUUGCGUGAACUGGAAUCAAGACGUCAAAAGCUUCAAUCAGAUAUUGGAAAAUAUAAUAAUAAAAUUGAAGAUUUAAAGCAAGAGUUAUUGCGCGAGCAAACCGAGCUAGAAAGAUUAAAAAUAUCUGUUGAACAAGCACAAGUGGCACAGCGUGAAGCUAUCCAAAGGAACACACCAGAUUUAGCUUUACCGCGCACUUUAUAUCCAAAUACAUUGCCCAGAAAAAUGCCUACAACAUCCUUUGAAGUAACUUGCGAAAUGCACAACUGUUUUGACCAUUCACGCUGUAGUUUAACAUCUGGUUUUCCUGUAUAUUUGUAUGACCCUGACUUGAACAAUGUAUUGCGGGCGGGUUACGACAUUGAUGGGUUUUUGAAAACAACAAUCAAACAAACGCUCGGUUAUAAUGCUCACAUUGUGCCUGAUGCCAAAAUUGCGUGCAUCUUUCUAGUAUUGGUUGGUGAAGCCUUGUUGGAAAAUGAAUUAAUGAAAAAUAAUCGGUACAGAGUUGAAGAAGAAGAACACAAAGUCGCUUUAGAACCCUCAAUGGAGCAGUUACCAAUUGAUGUUCAGAAACUUUACAGGUUGCCUUUUUGGGGUGGAGAUGGUCGAAAUCAUGUUUUGUUAAAUUUGGCUAGACGUGAUUUACAUUCUUCGCGAACCAAUGCGUUCAUUCAUCAAAACACAAUGCGCGCCAUAAUAGUACAAUCCACAUUCGAACAAUAUCAAUUUCGACCUAACUAUGAUCUCAUUGUACCUCCAAUUCUUGGCCCUCCUGGUGGUGACGUUUGGCAGGAAUGUGCCUUGAUGGUUCCGGCUCGUCGCUCUUACCUCUUAUCCUUUCAAGGAGAAUUGCGGCCAGUGAAUAAAACAGUACAGUUGCAUCCAUUAGAUGAUUUUAUUCUGGAUCAUCUUGCUGAGAUGUCCAAAGGUUCUACUCAAGAUAGAUUCUUAUUACAAUUUCACUGUAUACCUGCCACGGAACAAUCGUAUGAAGAAGACUUUAUGGACUGGUCACUUUGUGGUACAGAUUCUUCUCGUAAAACAGUACUUAAGGAAUCUACCUUCGCACUAAUACUGCCGCCAUUAGAAAAACGGAUCAGUUCUAGUCUUAUGCUAGCACGGCUUUACGAAGCUCUUAGGUCUGGAUCUAUACCUGUCAUUCUCGGUGCGGAUGAAGUACGUUUGCCAUAUGCUGAAACUAUAGAUUGGAGACGUUUAGCUCUUCUCUUGCCAAAAGCUCGAAUAACUGAACUGCAUUUUCUUUUGCGUGCUAUACAAGAUGUUGAUCUCUUGCAAAUGCGACGUCAAGGUCGACUAAUAUGGGAGCGAUAUUUAAGCUCGGUUCAAGCGACAGUAGAUACAAUCAUAGCCAGCCUACGUGAUCGGCUUGGCAUACCACCUCGACCUGUACUUCCUAUAAUCGCACAAAAUGUAUUUAACAAUACUUUUAUACCACUCAAAUCUGAUCCACCAGUAGGACUUGAUACUGAGCCAGAAGAAUCCCUUGGACCAAUAGAACCCCCUUACCCUAGUCCCGCGUUCAGGCGAAACUACACAAUUUUGCGUAUGCAAUCAGGGGAAGCAUGGAACGUUUGGGUUGAUCCUUUUUAUAUGUAUCCACAAUUGCCUUUUGAUCCGGUGCUGCCAGCAGAAGCUAAGUUCUUAGGGUCACAUAUGGGGUUCCGCCCCAUAGGGAAAGGAAGUGGAGGAGCAGGAAAAGAAUUCAGUGAAGCUCUCGGAGGCAACUAUCCACGUGAACAGUUUACGAUUGUAAUUCUAACAUAUGAACGCGAACAAGUACUUAUGGACUCUCUCGGUCGUCUUUACGGCUUGCCAUAUCUUCACAAAGUUGUAGUUGUAUGGAAUUCCCCCAAACCCCCGCUUGAUGAUUUGCGGUGGCCUGAUAUUGGUGUUCCUGUAGCAGUAGUGCGUGCCCCACGAAAUUCCUUGAACAACCGUUUUUUGCCUUUCGACGUUAUUGAAACAGAAGCAGUUCUUUCGGUUGAUGAUGACGCUCACUUGCGCCAUGAUGAAAUAUUAUUCGGCUUUAGAGUUUGGAGAGAGCACCGAGACCGCGUAGUAGGAUUCCCAGGUCGAUUUUUAGCUUGGGAUUUGAACUCAAAUCGAAAUUGGAAUUACAAUUCCAAUUAUAGUUGUGAACUCAGCAUGGUGCUAACAGGAGCAGCAUUUAUACAUAAAUACUACAUGUAUUUUUACACGUACCACUUACCACAAGCCAUACGUGAUAAAGUCGACGAAUACAUGAACUGUGAAGAUAUCGCUAUGAAUUUUUUAGUUUCUCAUAUAACACGUAAACCACCCGUAAAAGUAACAUCACGUUGGACCUUUCGCUGCCCGGGAUGUCCGGUAUCGCUAAGUGAGGAUGAUACACAUUUUCAGGAACGUCAUAAAUGUAUCAACUUCUUCGCUCAGGUGUUUGGAUACACACCGCUACUAAAUACUCAAUACCGCGCCGACUCAAUACUCUUUAAAACACGAAUACCACACGACAAGCAAAAAUGCUUUAAAUAUAUUUAAGAGUUAAGAGUUAAUUAAAAGUAACUGAAAAUAUCUUAUCGUCAUUUUCUAUGAACUAAGUUUUAUGUUGACAAACUAUUAAAUAUGAUUAUUGGUAGGGAGUCGCAUAUGUAGAUAAGACACUGGUAAACUAUGUAGCUAAAUUACUUAUAGGUAUAUAUAUUUUUAUUAUUUAUAUUAUAGUUUUAACUAAAGCUUCGAAAAUUCAGGUACUUACGUAUUAUCGUCACUGCAACAUUGGAAGUUUUUAUCUCUUUAUAUGGCGUAAAAAAUCAGUAUUUUUAAGUGAAACACCCUUUGUUGAAAGAAUAACACCGGCUAAAGACCGCCAAAUAGUGUGCUCAAAUAUACCAAAAAUUCUAUCAAUUCUA